GAUUGCUCUAAUGAUUCUACCAUCAUCUAAGGCUGUCGUCCAUAUUGAUUACAACCCCCGCUUCGACAGCCAUGAGGACCACGUGACCGUCAUGGAAGGCCAGGACGCCAUCUUGCCCUGCACCGUUAAGAAUCUAGGCAAGUUGAAGGUUAUAUGGCAAGACUCAAACUUUGUGCCGCUGACGUACAGCGACAGGCGAGUCGUCGACGAUUGGCGCUACUCCAUCGAACGUGGCUCCCUUGAGGAUUGGAACCUGGGGAUAAAGAACACCAGGUGGUCAGACAGUGGCAGGUACGUCUGUGCAGUCAACUCGAAGCCGAUCCGAUCGAAGGCCGUUUUGCUCGUUGUUAAAGUGUCGGCGAGUAUUAUAAACUCCUCAACCAAAACGAACCAAACUCACAAAGAAGGUUCCGAUGUCACACUUGUCUGCAAAACUGCCGGAAAUCCCAAACCUCACGUGACCUGGAAAAGACUUCCGGCAGAAAGUUACGACCUGUUUCCGGCUCCUCUAGAUAAUAGUGGUUGCACAUUUAUUGGGGCAAAUCCACUAGCCAAUGAAAGUUCAGUCGAUGGCAGCAUAAUAGGGAUGGGCGAAGUGCUGACGAUAAUAAAUAUUUCGAGAAACUGUGGUGGGGUGUACGAGUGUAGAGCCAGCAAUGAAAUUCCGCCUCCUGUUGACAAAUUAUUUAACAUUGCAGUGGAAUUCGGUAAAGAAACGAUUCUUCAAUGUUACAUCACUGCCUACCCGCACGCCGUGACAUUCUGGGAAAAGGAGGGAGCGGUGCUAAGGAAUUCCCCUAAUUAUCAAACCGAUGCUUAUCCAGAUAGUGUGACGUUUAGUUUGACCCUGAGUUUGAGGAUUUUAAUUAGGGAAAAGUCUGACUUUGGUACGUAUGAGUGUGUGGCGGCCAAUAGUUUAGGCAGCGAUCGUGGGGCUGUGGUUUUGGAAGAUGAUAUACACCUCCAUUCAAUCAACAAACUUGAAAUCAACGAAAGUAACGCUAGUAACGCCAGCAAACUGACCAAGAACAGCAAAUUAGGGAUGACGUCACCAAGGAAUCAGACUCUAAAUAGGGAUGCUACGUACAAGAAACUGACGGCCAGCGUUGUACCAACUCUUAAAAAAGACUUUCUCUAUAAUAAUAAUAAUCAUAAUAGUAAAUAUGAUCUCGGUUGUUUUAUUUGUUUAAAAAAAAUAAUAGCAAGAGAAAUGACAUUCAACCAAACGUUUCUAGCGGUGGCAGAUUGGCUGAAUGAAAUUUUCAAUGGCAGGCAGUUUGAAGCAUUUGAAAAAAAUGACUACACCAUCAAUUACCUUCACGAUCUGAUGGUCAGAAACAAGAUGGCUGACGAGAAUAUGCAAGCUGUCAUCGAGUUUCACCAUAAUAAUAUCUCUUUUUAUCAAAAUGAAAAAAAACGUUUAGAGAAUAUUCUAGAGAGAAUUAAUAUACAAGAGCCAGAUUUGCAGCAAGAAACGUUACGUAAGUUGGCAACGUUAUCAUCCGUGGCCAACAUCCUUAACAAAGAUCUAGAAUCCCAUUGUAAAGUUGAAGAUCAUGAUUUGAAAAGAAAAUCGGAAAAAGCCAAAUUUUUCCACCAGAAGCUAAGUGGCUAUGACAAAACUAUCCGACGCCUUAAAUCGGAAUUAACGGACGCCGAAUUGUCAUCGUCGUUAUACCAUAGUGCCCUGGUUCAAAAAUCCAAGGAUUUGCAGGCCAAAAGAGACGAGCUGAAUGCAGUAAAGCAGAAAUUAAAUGCUUUUCAUUCUCUGUCGCCUGAUUCUAAGCUGGCCAAAGUAGAGUUAGAAGAAGCUAAAAGAGAAUUAAUAAUAGCAAGAGAAAUGACAUUCAACCAAACGUUUCUAGCGGUGGCAGAUUGGCUGAAUGAAAUUUUCAAUGGCAGGCAGUUUGAAGCAUUUGAAAAAAAUGACUACACCAUCAAUUACCUUCACGAUCUGAUGGUCAGAAACAAGAUGGCUGACGAGAAUAUGCAAGCUGUCAUCGAGUUUCACCAUAAUAAUAUCUCUUUUUAUCAAAAUGAAAAAAAACGUUUAGAGAAUAUUCUAGAGAGAAUUAAUAUACAAGAGCCAGAUUUGCAGCAAGAAACGUUACGUAAGUUGGCAACGUUAUCAUCCGUGGCCAACAUCCUUAACGUUGAAAAUCCUGAUAACAGCAGGCAAGAAUGA